UCUUCCCUUUGAGAGGAAGAAUAGUCUAAAGGUGUGGCCUGUCUGUAUUGCCAAAAGCCAGACCUCUCUAAAUCUCAUCAAAGUCCCCAUCUUUAUCACAAAAUUCCAGCAAUUUCUUCCUUGUAAGUUCUUAUUUUUGCUUUCUCGUCACUUUGUUGUGGUUUCUGCCAUGUGGGGUUUGUUUUUUUUUUUUUUUUGUUUUGUUUUCUAAGUUAGAAAUAGCAAAAUCUAUGUUCUGGGAUUGGUUUAUUUUUUGACUUAUCAGUCUUUAAAGAUCAUAAAAUAUUCAUUUCUGUCUGAUUUACAAACUGGGUAUUUUUUUUCCUGGGUCCUUGAUUUCUAUCUCUUUAAGAAAUAGCCGAGAAUUUGGGCUGUUUCUGGGGUACUGUUGUUAUCUGGGGUUUUGGUGCUUUUAUAGUUCACCUGCAUAUAGAGCAUCUAGUUGGUAUAUUGCUAGGCUAUGGUUGUUAUAAAAAGCAGUGUGUGAAUGUAAGGAGAGCAAAAUUUAAUGUUAUUUGGUGCAUAUUGGAUUGAAUUGGGUUUUUAGAAGGGUUUUGGGUGAAUUUUUUGUUCUGUAAAUUGUAAUUAUAUGUUAUGAGGAUGUCUUGGACAAGGCAUUGGUGCUUCACUUUGGUGUAAUUCUAGAUUUUGGGAUAGCUAUUUUGUACCAAGAGUGUGGAAGAGUGAAUAAGUCAUAAAAUUUGGAACAUGAUCAUUACUUUGGGUUGAUAUAUUAUAGCCAUCUACUGAUAUAACAUAGACAAGGAACUCCAUAUUGGAAUAAGUGCAUCAUUAUUGUUCUUCAAGGGAUAAAGUAUUGUUCUAAGAGUGAAAGAUGCAACGGGUCCGAUUGUCUUCCCAACAGGCGCCUGUACACAAGCUGGGGGAUUCCCAAAUAACAUUAUCCCCAAAAUUUAGGUUAGCAGUAUUCCAAUCUUCUUUGUUAAAUCCUUCAACCGAGUCAGAGUUAAUUCUCAGAGGAGAACCCCUCAUUCCGGGGCUUCCUGAUGAUGUGGCGCUUAACUGUCUUCUCCGGCUUCCAGUCAAGAGUCACACAGACUGCAAAGCUGUCUGCAAGCGGUGGCAUUUACUGCUUGGUAGUAAAGAGCGAUUUUUCACCCGAAGAAAAGAAAUGGGCUUCAAAGACCCUUGGCUCUUUGUCUUUGCCUUCCACAAGGGCACUGGAAAGAUUCAGUGGCAGGUAUUUGACCUUACUCACUUAUCAUGGCACACUAUCCCAGCAAUGCCUUGCAAAGAUAAGGUUUGUCCUCAAGGAGUUAGAUGUGUUUCAAUCCCCCGUGAUGGCAAUCUCUUUGUUUGUGGCGGUAUGGUUUCCGAUGUAGAUUGCCCCCUAGACUUGGUUCUGAAAUAUGAGAUGCAGAAAAACCGUUGGACUGUGAUGAAUCAGAUGAUCACCGCUAGAUCUUUUUUUGCAAGUGGUGUGAUUGAUGGGAGGAUUUAUGUUGCUGGAGGAAACAGCACAGAUCUUUUUGAGCUUGACUCAGCUGAGGUUAUGGAUCCUGUUAAGGGGAGUUGGCAUCCCAUUGCAAGCAUGGGAACAAAUAUGGCGUCUUAUGAUGCAGCAGUUCUUAAUGGGAAACUUCUUGUUACGGAAGGCUGGUUAUGGCCUUUCUAUGUCUCUCCCAGGGGUCAGGUUUACGACCCUAGAACCAAUAAUUGGGAGAGUAUGGCUGUUGGGCUGAGAGAAGGCUGGACAGGUUCAAGUGUGAUUGUUUAUGGGCACUUGUUUGUGGUUUCAGAGCAUGAAAGAAUGAAGCUUAAGGUGUAUUACACAGAUGAUGAUUCCUGGGAACAAAUAGAUGGGCCUCCUUUACCAGAGCAGAUAUGCAAACCUUUUGCGGUUAAUACAUGUGAUUGCAGAAUCUAUGUUGUGGGUCGUAACCUUCAUGUUGCUGUGGGUGAAAUCUCAAGGUUCAACCAAAAAGAAACUUCCAAUAAAAAGUGGAAGUUUCAUGUUCAAUGGCAGGUUGAGGAUGCACCAGAAAUUUUCUCUGACUUGACGCCCUCAAGCUCUCAGGACAUGGACAACACGCCUCUUUCAUGCUACAAUCUAGUCUCCCUAUCGACAUCAGUCAAGUCGGUAACUUACAGCUUGGGCUUGGGCUUGGGAGCAAACUAAUAGGAAUGUUAAAAUAAGGAUAUCCUAUAAAGCAAUCAAUUAUCUCAUGUAUUGAGCAAAUGCAGUAUCUCACUCGGAAUAUGUGGGUCUCAUACGUUGUGAAAGAGAUGA